CUCUCUCAAGUGUGUUUAUAUUUUUUGUAUUCUUUCUCUCUCUUCCGAUGAAAAGAAAGACGUUUGGAAGUUUUUUUGUACUUUACGAAGACUUACGUUGCACGCGUAAAAAUUACAACACUCGGUCAUCUGCUUCGUUUGCAAUCUUGGGGAGGAAAUAUUCUGGGUGCUUUCCAGCUACCUACACACAGGCGACACUGUGUGUGUUACACAGGGUGUUUUUCCAUCAAAACACGAUGUAAUGCAGUGUCCAUUAGUUUGAGAAAGAGCAUGUCAGUGUCUCACUCACACCAGUGGACGCUGUGUUACACGGGUGUCUCGAUGGAAAGCACCCACAGUACCAGAAAGCACCCGUGUCUGUGUACGUCUUGCUGGAAAACACCCUCUGAUACACGCGAUUUGUCGAUCGCGAGCGAGAGCAAAUUACCGCGCUUUUGCUCUCGCAGACUUUUUUGGUUGUUCUCACAAGCGUUAAAUAUAAGUAAAAUUCCGUCCGAAAAUAAUUUUUUUGUCGAGAUUCACGAGUGUGUAGUUCAGACUUUGCUAAACGAUUACGCUUGAGCGAUGACUACUAUAACAGUCUAAGCAGCACACUCAAUAGUGAUAGUCAAAGUGGCACAAAAUGGUUGUAUUCGGGGAAUACAAGUUUUGUGGAAAAUGAUGAAAUUCUACAAGAUAUGGGAGUUGGUAUGUUGGAAGAUGAAAUAUCAAACUCUGAAAGUAUAAAAACAUUACAGUCUGAAGACUGCCCAAUUUUACCUACGAGUUUAGAUAAUAAUAAGAGAUUGUUGUUGAAUGAGCCUGUUUUCGAGUAUCAAGAAGAGGUUUACACGAGCUGUGAAAACACAGACAGAAUACAACAUGAUUCGGAUGAUUUAACCGUAUUUGGUAAUGAAUCCGGUUAUUCCUCGAGAGUGGAACCUGAUAAUUUUGGGGAAUCAAAAGCGAGUUCAACUAAAAAGAAAAUGGAUAACUCUGUUGAUAAGAGUGCUCUAGAUAUAGACAACUUUUAUUUAUUUAGAAGAAGAAAGCCCUCUGUCGAAGGUGAAGAUAAAUUUAACAAAUUAUCAGAUGAAAUAAUUUUGAUGAUAUUAAAAUGGCUACCUAAGAAAUACUUGGUAAAUUCCAUGUUGGUGUGCAAACGAUGGUGUCAAAUAGCUCGUGACGAAGUGUUAUGGACUAGAUUAGAUUUGAGCAGCAAAGUUUUAAGCAAAGGCACAUUAGGGCACAUAUUGCCGAGAGGAUUGCAAAUUCUAAGACUGGCACAAGCAGAGAUCGCGGAUCCUGUCUUCUGUGAAGGCAGUGAAGUUCUUAGUGAUUCUUACGUCAGUAAAUUACAAUAUUUAGAUCUGUCGAUGGCAGUUAUAUCCCCGACUGGUUUAGCGACGUUACUGUCCAAGUGUAAAUAUCUGAAGAAAUUGUCACUGGAAAAGUGCGUACUAAACAGAGACUGCUGUAGAGCUAUUAGUCAAAACACCGAGUUAGAAGUUUUAAAUCUAACAAUGUGUGAAAAUAUGGACAGUGACUGUAUUGCGGAUUUGAUGAAGCUUAAAUGCUUGAACUCACUCAAUAUGUCAUGGUGUUCCUUGGACAACGAUUGUAUGACGUUGCUUUGUCGAACGUUGACACCGACCAUUACACGUUUGAACCUAGCGGGUUACAGGAAAACGCUGAUUGAUGAUAACGUGAAAGACUUGUCAAACAGGUGUCCGGAUAUUAUAGAAUUAGACUUGAGUGAUUGCGCCAUGCUUACAAUGCAAGCUGUUCCUAGUUUAUUGAAUUUCUCGAAAUUGGAGCAUUUGUCGCUGAGCCGUUGUUACUGCAUUCCACAAUCCGCGUACAUGAGAUUGGCUCACAUGCAGUGUUUAUUGUAUUUAGACGUUUUUGGUUUAAUGUCGGAUGCGGUACUCAAAUCAUUUCAGGCAACCUGUCGCGAUCUCGAAAUCAACAAGUUCCUGUAUAGCUCGAUCGCAAGACCGACAGUUGGUAUUCGAAGGACCAGUAUCUGGGGCAUUCGAGUUAGAGAUUGAGUUUUAUUAGGCAAUAUCUUUUAUAAUAAUGGCAAAAUGAGAAAUCAUUUCGUCUUGGUCUUCUUUGAGUCAAUUUAACUUUAUCAGUAGAUAUCCAUUGCAUUGAUAAAGUUGAAUUCAACUCGAAAAAUUUAUAUAUCAAAUAAUGUGUAAAUUUUUUCGAAAUUACUAAUGAAUUGUUGCUCAGAUAUUUAAAAUUUUUUUGUGUGAAUGUACAUGUACACAGAAGUAUUUCAAGACUUGUUUGAGUGUUCUUUUGUGUUGGCAUAAUUUUCAGAUAACAAAUUUUCUUAUGUAUUUGGAUUUAUCUGUCAACGCGCUCUUACUUAUAUAUAGAAGAAUUUUCAGUAGUUUUGGAAAGUUAUCUGUGUAUAUAAUUAUCGCUUGUGUAAUAAGGUAUUUUGCACCGAUACUUAACAUAUCAAAUUAUCUCUGCUGUGCGAGAGACUAUUUUAUUUAUUUCGACUACACCUUUAGAUCAUUUAUAUACCAAUUUAUUUUGUCGACUUUUUUUUUUGCAUAUGCGAUAGCUCUUACCAGUCAAGAUCUCAAGAAAACAAAUGAUUAAUAAUUAUUUAUAUGUAAGUAUAUAUAUAUAUAUAUAUAUCAUGUUGUGUUUA